CCAUUUGAUUAUGGACUUCACUUAAUGGAAAAGAUAUUUAUAGGAUGCACGAAAAUUUUCGAUUUAAGUCCGAUUUCCAGAAACAAUAAAUUUUGGUUGUAUAAGAGCAUGUUUUCACUACUACGAGAAUGAGAAAAAAAAAUGUUUGUCAUUGUCAGUUCAGUAAAGUAAAUGUCAACUUGAGCUAUGUUUGUAAACAAAGUAUAUAGGAUUAGUUUGUAAAGUACAAUCCCGGAUUUAAUAGAUAUUUUUUAGCAAAUUGCAAUACCUGCAUAUUAAACCAAUUCAAUCAAAGAAGCAGUACAAUCAGUAUUUAUUUUACAAGAGAUAAAAGUCCUAUCAAUAGUAUAGAAAUAUUUUUAGGUUAUGUUUAGAUUUAGAAUAUAUGUUUCUAAUAAAUUUAUUUUGCAAUAUUGAUUUGCUUUGAAUUGCAAAGAAAUCGUUAGAUUUACUUUUUAACAAUGCUGCAUAAUGAAAUAGAGGAAAACAUAGCAAAAUUUACAUCUGCUGUUCUUGCCUCAUUGGCAGAAAUAAUGGAGCUUAACAGCGCAUGCAAGGCGAUUUUGUGUGAAUAUUUAAAUAAUCCCAAAAGUAUUGAUGAAUGUGCUGAAGUGAAAAUUCAAGCAGUUAUCGAUUAUAUGUAUGAGCAAGUCAAUAUUGGGAACUGGAAAGAAGUAAAAUUAUUUCUAAGAAAAACUAUAACAAUAGCAACUUUUCUUAGACUAUUGUCACAUGCUAAACUUGCGCAAUCAGUAAAUGAUGAUUUUAUCAAGGAAUCAUUUAAAAUAAUUGACUUUGGCAUUCUUUUUGGAUGCCCUUUAGAUGAAGAACCAUCAUUACUACAGAAAUGUGCUUCUAUUUUCAACAAUCUUAUUGAAGAAGAAGACACAUCAAAGAAAGUCAAUAUGCAGAACAACUUAGAAGAAGUAAAUUUUGAUCUAAGCCAUUUAAAUACCCAGCCAAUAGAAAUAGUUGAUUGUCCAAGUAUGGAACAUUUUUACAGAAAUUAUAUUCUACGAGAGCAACCAAUAAUCUUGAGUAAUGGCAUUAACCACUGGCCUGCUCUGAAUAAAUGGAAGGAUCCAGAGUAUUUCAAAAAGUUAGCAGGGCCAAGGACUGUGCCAGUUGAAUUAGGUAAAGUUUACACAGAUUCAGAUUGGACACAAAAGUUGAUGACUAUAGGUGAAUUUAUAGACAACUACAUCUACCAAUCAAAUGGCCCCACAGGGUAUCUUGCUCAGUACCAACUGUUUGAUCAAAUCCCUGAAUUAAAAAAAGACAUUGUGGUACCGGAAUACUGUUGUUUUUCAGAGACUGAUGAACCUGUUGACAUCAUGGCCUGGUUUGGUCCAAAAGGAACAGUGUCAGCUUUACAUCAUGACCCAAAAAAGAACUUGCUAACCCAAGUUGUUGGUACGAAACAACUGUUUCUAUUUUCACCUAAUGAUACUCCGUACUUGUAUCCACAUUCACAUGAGCUAUUGAAUAACACAGCUCAAGUGGAUCCAAGGGAACCAGAUUUGGAGAAGUUUCCGAAUUAUAAGGAAGCCACAGCGUACCACUGUAUAUUGAGUCCGGGACAGAUGUUGUACAUCCCUCCCAAGUGGUGGCAUUUUGUUGAGUCUCUGUCUAUCAGCUUUUCAGUGAGUUUUUGGUGGGAUUGACAUUAUAGGUUCAAAGAUGUUUAUUUUGCUCAAUAAGACAUGAUACUAAGUCACUUACUUGAGAACAAUAUUAAGUGUUUCAGUGUAUAAAUACUAUAAGACAUAAUAUGUUAAAUAUCUAACUAAGAAAUUUAAUAAAUCUACCUCCAGGCAGGAUUGUGAUUUGAUGUUACAGUAAAUUUUAUUGGGGGUUAAUAAA